GUUUCAGGAUAAAUAUUCGGCUCUACAGAAAGUUCCUGAAUAAUCAACUCUGGUUUUUCUUCCUGUGGGCUUUCCAUGUCGGCUUGUUCAAAUGUUUCAGAUUCUUCAAUUUCAGGAUUUGCAGUAUCAGGAAGUUUGAUAGACUCUUCAGUUUUUGAGGGUAAAUCAAAUUGGAAGACGUCGUUGCUUUGCUGGUGGCGUCUGUUUAUUCUUGAAAAAGGUGAACCGCUCAUGGAGUAUAUUUGGCUACCAUCGCUUUCACCAAGUUUCGGUUCUUUCAGGCAAAAUAUAUCACUUUCAUUUCUCAUCAUUUUCGUAAAUUUAAAUUCAGCUGCUUCACUACGUCGCAAAUACCUAAGACUGUCAAAUGACUGUCAAUUGACUGUCAAAAAUUUUAAUUUAUUAUUUUAAAAUAAAAUUUUACUUUAAGAAACUACUUUAUGUGAAAAUUUAGAUCAACCACUUGAAAACAAAUUAUUCUUUAAAAAUUGUGCCUCUUAGUUUUUGUCUUGCACAAUAUUUUGAAAUUUUAAUUAUAAUUUUUACUAUUAUAGUUUUCACAAUCCUUGUGAAACAAAAGUCCCUAGGAAGUUUUAUGUUCUUUGAAUUUUUUCAUCAAAUCAGUAAAUUGUGCUUUAAAAUGUCUUCAAACAGCUCAGAAGACGAAGAUUUGGAUAAAUUACGUGAAGCCGCCGACGACCAAUUCUUAAAUAACGCGUUGUAUAACAAAACUAAAUCAAAAUCCGAAGAGCCACAAAAUACGAAACAAGAAUCGUUACGUCGUAGCAAGGACGAGGACGACCAGUUUAAUCUGUUUCGUGUGUCCCCAGAGUUCCAAAAUUACGUCGCCAAACAUUUAUCUCAAAUCCUAGAUAAAAUGUUAAAGGACAGAUUCGAAACUAAAAACUAUGAAAAUUUCAUAAAACCAAAACGGCGGAAAAGUAGAAUUAAGUUACUUCGUGAUUCACCACACUACAUUAGUGUAAAAAUAAGAAAGGUUAUGCCACAAGUGAAGAAAAGUGAAGUUGAAGACGAAAGCGAUAAUGAGGCUAAAUUUCGUACUGUUGUUGUAAGUCCUGAUGAUAUUUUAAGCAAAAAAGACACAAAACACUGGUCCACACGUAGCAAAGCCCCUGUUUAUACUUAUUACCAAACGGAACAAGGUCUCAUACUUAAAUAAAGCAAGAUUUUUUUAAAAUUUAAAAUCAUUUUAUUAGGUUGGCAGCGCUGACUUAACCUUAACUUUUGUAAGCUAACCUCGAACUCGUUCCAAAAAACCGCCUAAUGAUUAUUCGUCGCUUAAUUCUUACGUUUUAGU